AUGUCAAAAGCUCAAAAUUUUUUUACCAAAUUGGUGAGAAAUGAAAAUCCUUUUAAUACAUUGGAAACUGACGAAGCUGACGGCUCAAAUGCAUGUAAUAUGCCAAAGAUGAGACUAUAUUAUAAUACAUGCUGUAAGGUGGCAGGCGAACAUAUGGAUAACCCCUGGAAAUAUGUUCGUGAAGACAUUUUAUUUCUCAUUUUUCAUUGGAUUGAUGUAAUUAAAUUCUUACUCGACAAUAGCAUUUUCGGGAUACGAUUCAAUAUCUCCAAGAAUCCAGAUAGGGGAGCUGAUGAACUCGAUUUAUCGUAUUGGAGAAAUUGGAAAUGUAUACUGUUUCAAUUAUGGUGUUUUUUCAACACACUUCCUUCCAUUCUUCUCUAUCCAAUUAGGGAGAUGCAAUUAAAAGAAGAGGAGUGUCGUGAACCUUUGAUCAAUGUAAAAGAGCAUAAUGAUGAAAGAUGGUUUUUUAUUAACGGUGUCAUGGUAAAUAAUCAUUGGUUAGAUGAAAAUUGCAAACGUUUAGAGUAUCGUUUCAAUAGAGGUGUUACAGGCAUUCUUAAUAGCAGUUAUGGUAUUUUUUGGGAUACAGCAGAAACUAUUCUCUCAAGAAGUUUUGAUGAUGAAACAAUACCGGUACGCUGGGCUUCAUGGAAUAUUUUUCAAGCACUUAAAGAUAAAAAUAUCAAAAAAGUUAGAUUAAUCGCGCAUUCUGAGGGUUGUGUUAUUGCAAAUUUGGUCAUAAAAAAAUUAUACUGGGAAUUGAGCUAUUCAGAAAAAGACGAGUACGAUGAAAUCCUUCUUAAUAAACUUGAGGUGUACACAUUUGCAAAUAUUUCUAGAGAGUUCAUAAAUCCAAAAGGCUUGAUUAAAUGUAUUGAACAUUAUGCAAAUGAAGAUGAUUUUAUUGCUCAAAUUGGUGUCCUUCGUGAAGUUUGUAAUUCACGUUUUCAUGGAAAGAUAUUUAUUAAUAAAAAUGCUAGGGGCCAUCUUUUCAAUAGGUACUAUAGCCUUGAUCCUGAUGAUUAUAUAUUGUAUAAUAAACCGGAAGAAUGCAUUUCUGAAGAUGAAGAGGAUGAAAAUGCUGAGAAGCCCACGUUUCUAUAUUUGUAA